UUUGUUGGGGGAAAAACUAUCAGCUGAUUGCGAGUGAUGCAUGCAAUGUUCUGUUUAUGUUAACGGAAUUGUGAAUUUCUAAAAAAAAUAAUACAAUUAUACAAUGUUUAAUUAUUCAAUUAAUCCAUUAUAGAUCAUUAUCCACCAUCCAUGAGUAUGAUUAAUUUGGAUAAAAAUAAUUCUAUAAAAUUACGACUGUACUGAUAUCAUAAUCUUAUAUGUAACAUAAACAUUUUGGAGUUUUUUAUUGUGUUUAAGUGUUAUCAUUUAUGCCAACGAUAAAUUGAAAGUAUUUUUUGAUUACUUUCAAUCGACAUAAUUUUUACAUUACUCAAAAAAAUGGCUGACUAUUGGAAGUCUCAAGGACGGAAAUUCUGCGACUUUUGUAAAUGUUGGAUUGCUGAUAAUAAACCGAGCAUUCAGUUUCAUGAAGGUGGCAAAAAGCACAAGGAGAAUGUUAGCAAGAGGCUGAAGGAGAUACAUAAGAACAGUGCUAAACAGGCGAAGAUUAAUAAAAAGUUUGAAAAUGAUCUCAAGAGCAUGGAAGAUGCAGCCAUGGCAGCUUAUCUCAAGGAUGUCCAGGGUAAUACUGUCGACUUGACAGCACAACAAAUUAUGCGCAAUAAACAAAACAAAAAGGAAUUGCCUGACAAGACUCCUAAUCCUAAUCUAGUGCCUGAAGCAUCCAUUGAAACAAAUCCAAGGCAUAAAAGUAGUCAGAAUCUCCCAGCUGACGUUGACUUUUGUGAUCCUACCACGUUUCAUCGGGCUCGAGUUCCUCACCAAGUAAGAAGUGUACAUGAAUCAAGUAAUAAAGGCGAAAACAGAACUCAAGGUAAAGGAAAACCCAAUAAAGAAAAGCGUAAAGGAAAGAAAUCUCAAGAGGAUGAUAGUCUUAACAAGAAAACUAUUCAGAAACUAUGGUAUGAAGCACGAAGUCCAGAGGGAUACACGUAUUAUUGGCAUAUUGAGACAAAUGAAACAUCAUGGGAGCCACCUGAAGAAGGUUUCAUGACGUUGGCAGAGCAAGAAGAAGAGGCAAAGGAACAAGCAAUUCAAGCUCAAUUUUUGGAACAAAUAGAAGCUGAAGAGGCUAAAGAAAAAGCUGAAAUACUUGAAGAACAGAGAGCCAAUGCCGAGAGAGAGAAAUUUAAACAACUGAGACAACAAAAACAAUCUAGCAAUAAAGAAGGCGAAGUUGAAAUAGAGGAAGAGAAAGAAAUUCCAUAUCGAAAAGAUUAUAGUGUUCCGGAUAAAAUAGACCCUUAUGGCCCUUGGCAGACUAUAGAAAUAAAGCCCCAGAAAAAAAUAGAUCUUCAGUUACCACAGACUAAAAAAGUUAUACAAGUGAUAAAACCGGAAACAUCGGAACCGCCUGUACCUCAAAGAACGUUUAAAGAAAAGACGAUAACUCGGGUUUCUACUGGAGACAGUGAUGACGAAGGGACCUUGACUAAGUUUAAAAAAAGAAAAUUCGGAAAUAAAAGUGUGAGAAAGAGAUUAGAUGACGACUGAUUUGUUAAAGUUGUAAAUAAACUUCCGUAUUUUAUAUUCAA